AUGUCCAAUACUAAAAGUAACUUACAAGUCCCUGAUGAUGGAGGCAAUGGUGGUUUCACGGCAUCUGAAGAUUUUAUAAACUUAAAUGAACCACCAAGACCAAAGGCAAGUCCAAAUCCUUCUGAAAUGAAUUUUCCCUCUUCAAGAAGUAACUUCGACAUCAAUAAUAAUAAUAAUAGUACCACCACUAAUCCAAUGGAGCAUAGUUCCCCUCGUGAGGGGGGCAUUGCUGCUGGUCCCGGUAAUACGUCAGUAGAGGCCCCAGCUCCUAGAAAGUUACACAUCAGACGUCAUUCCACAAAUUAUAUAGACGCAUUGUCAAAUAAACAAGGGCAAAAGGAAUCAAAAAGCCAAGAUGGAAAUCAUGAUAAUAAUAAACGUGAUGAACAAGAUCCAUUGUCUCCUAUAGCUAUAUCUCCUGAGAAAAGACAACGGGAACAUGACCCUAUAAAAAAGGGAACGAGACCAAAACAAACCGUUUCUCCAUCAAUGGAUUUCCAAGAUUUAAGACAUGAAAAUCAAUUGAAAAGUAGUGGUAAUGCCAACAGUUACUUUCUAGAUAACGAAAAUGAAAACAGUAAUGAUAAUGUUCAAAAAUAUUCUGGUAAUGACUACAGAACUAGACAUAAAUGUUCAGAUAUGGGAGAUUAUAUAUUAGGAAAUUCCAAACAUUCUAAUGAAGAGGAUAACAAUGUGGUGAAUGCAAACCUGGAUCAACAGAAGCCAAAAAAUAGUAAUGAUGGUGAUGACGACGACGGGCAAACUACACUAGGUCAAGAUGCACAAAUUCCUGUUCCUCCUGCAACUUUAGAAAGAAGAAGAUCUUCAUUCGAAUACGAAGAUUUUAAAAAGGAUAUUUAUGAUCGUUUGAAAAUGUUCGAAACAAAGUAA